CUGUGACAUGGCUCGGCAUAGAUGAUUUUAAUGCAAGAAACCUCAUUCAAAGGGCAAAAGAUAAAAACUCUCUCUCUCUCUCUCUAUCCUUCUCUAUCUCUCAAGAUCAAUCGGCAAUCAAAUCCUACCCAGCCAGCUUCGAACCCCAUCCCGCAGCUGAGUCUUUCGUUUCCUUCAAUUGCUUUAUCUUUUAGUGCCAUUUAUUGGGUGCGCCGUGGAGAUCAAUCGGAGCAAGAAAAUUAUGGUAUCGUCUUUGGUAGUCGUCAAUUGAGUCAAAGGAAAUCGUGUAUUUGCAUACCGUGCGGUUCGCUUGCUUAUAACAUGGAGAUCAGUGGUAUUGAGGAGGAGAAGAAUCCUUGUAAGAACAAUUCUAAUUUCGUCUCCAAGUCCGACGGAUCUUUUAUUCAGAUUGACUCGAUAUCAGUAGAUCUUGUCAGUGCGAAGGAUCAUAAUAGUGAUGCUGAAAAGUGUGAGCAUUUUUCUAUACGUGGAUAUGUCUCCAAGGUUCGGAAAAAAUAUUGGAAGAUAUGUUGUCCGUUUUACCUAGAGGUUGAUCGGAAUGAGUCUGAGGAGCACACAUCUUUUCUUCCCCCUUUAGAUGCUCCCAAAUUCAGAUGGUGGCAUUGCCAAAAUUGUCUGAGGGAGUUUGCUGCAAAAGAUUGUGGAACACUCUUUAAUUGUUGUAGCACUCAAUGUGGCUCCAGUAGCGGUUGUCUCCAUGUGGGCAGUGCUGCAGUGACGUUUCUGCCAGGUUUUCAGAAAACUCCAAAACCAGUUCUCAGUGAAACAUCGGCUGAUGCCAACGCUUCUAGUAAAUUGAACAAUGACAACCGCCUUUUAUUCUGUAAUGAUAAGAAAGAGAAUAAUGUUGAAGUUGCACAAAACACUUUGACAGGCCGGCUUGACAUUGACUCGGAACAAAAUCAUAAUCAGGAACGUCUCCCCAAAUUCGUAAGUGCAGCUACCGAAAUUAAUUCAAGCAUGAUACAAGAAAGGCAUGCAAAUGAUGCAGUGACUCUCAAGUCAAAACGCAAUGGAUCUAUAGAAUUUGAUGAGCCAGGCAGUGGGAGUCAAGGAGCUGCUGAUGGGAACCUAAAGUGCAGAGUUAAGAAUCCUGCUGAACAUUAUCUGACAGGAAUGCAAACUUCUUCAGAUGAUCAACACACAGAGUUAACGAAAGCGCCCUGUCAGACGCUUGGGUACUUAGGCAGUAUGGUUGAUGUUGAACCUAAUGCCGUGAAUCCUCCUACGACCGGAAAUCAUUCUGAUCAGGAAUUGGAUCAUGAGUCUGAUUAUAAAGAAUCUGAAAGUGUUGAAAUUAUGGUACUGGGCAAUGAUCUUCUGGACCAUCGUUCAGAUAAAUCUUGUUAUUUGCCUCGUAGAAAAAGUCGAAAGGUGCGUCUGCUGACUGAGUUGCUAGGUGAAAACGGUGAUGCAAAGAAUGAUCCCAUUGAGACAGAUAAUUCUCCAUUCAAUAGAUCCAGGUCUGAUGCAUUUGGAGGAUUAGAUACACUUUUUGUUACUCGAGGUCAGGUGGCCAUCCAAGGAAACGUUAAAAGGGAUUCUAGUCAGACUAGGAAAAGGAAGCUGCCUCAGGAUGAAGAGUGGAGACCUCCAGAAAUGGCUUCUCCAAAUAAUUUGAAGAAAAAAGCUAAGGCAUGGAAGAGAGAUGCAGAAACAACUGAUGCAAUUGUGGGUAAUGAAUUUCAAGAUGCAAUUGCAGGAAUAGAUUUGAAAACUGAUAUGAAGAGCCAUCGGAAGAAAGGUAUGAAUGAUAGAAGUCCUACCACAGGCAAGAAGAAAAAUAAAAAGAUCCAAGUUGCUGAUGCAUGUUUUUCAUUGGCACCAAAGCCAGUGAAUGUGCAAAAAGAAAUUCAGGAAAAAUUUGAAAUUUUAAGUGAGAGCAAUGCUUCUGAUAGUACUGUUUCUUUCAGAUUUGAUCACAAUCCAUUCAAAGGCAGAGGAAUAGAUCCCUUUCACGUUCCUGCUCUAAGAAUGGAGAGAAAACGUAAUAUGUGCCAGAAAAGAAACAAGAAUCCAAAAGCAUAUGGAGGCCAAGCUGCUCUCUCUCCAUGGACCAAGGAGGUGCUGAAAAAUGAUACAAUUACAAGGAAAAGUGUAGAUAUCAUACAAACUGGAUCAGCAACAAAUCCGUUCCAAUCAGCACAAGAUUCAUCCACUGGAAAAGGGUUGUGCCUUUCACUUGACAGCUUUUUGGAUGUACAAGGACAUGACAAAGAAUUUAUUUCUCAAGUUGAAGAUGGGCGACCUUCCUUCUUGCCUUGGCAAGAGGUCAAUCCCAAAGUAGACCAGCUUAUGAGGGAAAAUAUAGAGAUUACCAAUUUUGAACAUCCAAGGGUUCCAUCUAAAUCUCCACCAGCUGCCUUUUCCGGAAAAUGUGUAACUGACGAAGUCAGUAGUAAGAAAACCACUUCUAGAAUGCCUCUCCUGAAUAACAUACAAAAUUGCCUCUCUCAGGUUGAGGAUAGGAAGUGUUCCGGAACUCACCAAAGGAUUUUUUCUGGUCCAAGCAACAUUGACAACGCUUUAAAAGCUAAUAAGCAUCCAGUUGUUGAGGAAAAACAUAGUGAUAAAAAAGCUGGCAAGGUAUCUGAGCAAGGACCCUUAGAUGACAUUCCCAUGGAAGUUGUUGAGCUCAUGGCAAAAAAUCAGUAUGAAAGGUGUCUUCUUGAUGCCGAAAAUAAGAAAGGAUUCUUAGAAACCACCCCAAAUACAAGAAAUGCUCGGAUGAUGGGUUGUACUAACAUAUAUGGCAAUGGGGAGUCGAGACUACUACAGAAGGAUAAUACUCACAAGCAAAAAUUCCAAGCUAGAAAUGGAAGGAAUGGCCUAAUCGUCAAAGGCCAAAAGUUGGGACCCAGUAAACAAAAAUCAGUUGAUUACUCUUCUCAUAUUGAUAGAAAUAACCUGAAUGUAAGUCACCUGCAUCAAACUCAGACCCCUACAGUGUUCAGAACUUUUGUUCAGUCCCAGAAGGCAGAGCCGUCAAGUGGAGUCCAAUUUUCUGCUACCGAUUCCAGCAGGCACAGUAAUGGUCAAAAUUGCAACUGGAAUGGGGGUACAAUGGGACACGCGCCUUCUCAUGAAAUUUUGUUGGCCCUGGGAGGAUAUGACACACGCCAGACAGUUCGACAGAGUGAAGCAGCAGUUCAUCUUUGGCCAACCAUGGUUCCAAAUCAAAUGCCCUUUGGAUAUAGCAUGCCUCGGAGUGGUUUAUCUCAGUCUAACAAUAAAGGUAUGCUUUCAAAGUAUUCUGAUUCACUGCAGAAGGGAAAUAUAAAUGUCAAUCAUGAUCUUAAGUUUUUUAAUCUAAACGCUACAAGCCUCGAGAAGCACAAUAUGAGACGUGGUUCAGAGACUUUCAGUAGGACUAAUGCGGAGUACCCAUUUGCUUUUAAACACAAUGGGAUUGAGCUUCCUCAAAGUUUGAUGGGGCCGUCAGAUCUGUAUUCUAAUGAAGCCAUACCAGCAAUGUAUUUGCUCAGCCUCAUGGAUGCAGGGAUGCAGUCAGGUCCUACAUUCAAUGUGGGUGGAACACCAAAGUUGCCUGCGAGGCCUUCCUUUCCUCAUGAUCGUAAGUCUAAGGAGUUUCAAAGGAAGGAAAUCAUUGGUUCAUAUAAGACCAUGGAUUCCAUGAAACAACCAUCAUCCCAUUAUCAUGGCAAAACUCACUUUUCAGAGAAGUCCCAUGACUGUUUUCAUUGCAUUGCAACGGUUGGUGCGUCUGUAUCUUCAUUUCAACGCGACAAAGCUUCCCAAAGGGCUACUAAUUUUACAGGUCAAGUUACAUUGAAGUUUCAAGAGAAAGACAAGACAAGAAGCUCUAGUUCACCCACACAGGCCCGAGAUAAUAGAUCAGAAAAAUAUGUAUUCCCCACUGGUAGUUCAGGCACAAAUCAUGGAGCUAUUCCUGUCCAUAGGGUGCAGAAAAGGUUCCUUGGUGCACCUGAUUCUUCUGUUUUAACCUUGCAGUAUCACGGGGCAUUGGACAAUUCAACUCAACAUCCAAAAAGCAGCUCUGUAUCUGAAUUAUGUAGUGUUAAUAGAAAUCCUGCUGAUUUUAGCAUGCCAGGAGUUGGAAGUACAUACAUGAUAAGAGGUGAAGAGCUUAAAUUUGGAAAGGUGACGGAUCCUUCACAAACUAGGUAUGGCUUAAUUCAGUUGAAUGGCCGCAAGCGACGUAGGAAUCUGAAGCGUGCCAUUGUAAAAGAGCAUGUACAACAUUGUUUGUGACGGCCUGAUCGGAGUUCCCGAAUUUCAUACCGCAUGCAGGUGAAGGCUUCAAUUAAUUUCCUGCUGGCGUGCUGCUGCAAAUUGAGAAUCAGCAGCAAAUGCCAGUACUCGUAUUUUCCAUAGAAGCAUACUUUUCGUAAAAGGUCAUCUUUUUCAUUUUCCAUGUCCAAAGCUAAGCUGUGAAAGCCAUGCUCCACUGUCAAAGCCGAGGCUACAAGGAAAUUAAUACAUGGGAUUUUUUUUUAAUGUUUAAUGGUCAACUAUCUCAAGAAUCAUACAUGGGAUCUCAUUUCUGACCUUCGCUGUAUAUGAUACAGCUCU